CUACUCUAACGGAGGAAAAUCAACAAGCGGAUAAACGACGAAUGAUAAAAAGAGGUUUUGCCAUCCAACUUGUGUAACUACUUUUAAACUGAUUAUUUGUUUGAAGCAACAAUUAACAGGGGAAUUAGUAAAGCUAAACGACCUCUUUCUAUUGUUGCUAUGUGUUCCGCUUGCACUUAUCGUAAAGAGUUGGUGUUGAAAGUCCCACUUCGCAAAUGUCUGUGAGCGAUCCACUACUAAAACAACUGAAAGCAUUGAUCUUGGAAUUCCGUUUGUCUGAAGUUGCUGUCAAUGACAAGAACGAAAAACUCCAAACUUUAUGUGACAUUAUAGAAAAGAUUUUCCGGAAAGGAUUAAAGCAGAAUGGAGGCUGGUUUUCUAAAACAGACUAUUGGUGCUGGAUAUCAAAAUCAGUGUAUGAUGCGGUCAAUGACAGAGUUAACCCAAUCUUUGUUAUGGUCACCAACAUAGUAAAUGAAUCCAAGAAGGUAUGUACCCUUCAAGGCAAAGGUCGAUUAUUCAUCCGUUGUGCACUGGUGAAGAAAGUAUUGAGUGUGGCUGUGGAACUUUUGAGAAAAGACCAACGUCUAACUGAUAUAUGGUAUGAUUCAGAAUACUCUAUUCUUGGCAAUGAAAUACUCUCAGAAAUAUUCAUCUCACUAUUGUUUGAAAUAACAGAAAUCAAAUUUCUACUAAAUUUAAAGAAUGCCAGCUUUCUAGAUGAAACAUGGAAUCUCCCUGUUUAUAAAGAAUAUGAACUUGUCCCAUGUGAUGAUAUCGGAAUGACUGUGCAGUAUCUCUCAGGGCGAACAUUAGUGAUAAGUGUGGUGCCAGGAAGUGUAGCAGAGGAAGAUGGCAAAGUUGGCUGUGGAGAUGUUCUGGAUGAACUGUUUGACAUAAGUUUGAGAAAUGCCAAUAAAAGCAAGGUACAACAAAUACUUCGACAGAACAGGGGUUGGCCUAUCAGACUCUCUGUCAACAAGUGUCUAAAAGACAAUCACAUUUAUGGUCCAAUUGAAGAAUUGCUAACACUGGCUAAUUUGCAACGUGACCAAAUUAAAAUUGAGCCAAAGAGAAGUCCAGCCAGUUCUGAUGAAGAAACUGACUUUUUCCGUCCGGUUGCAGAAAAAGGCAGGAAACCAGCUCAUGCCUUACUACCUGGAGACUAUUCUGAUGAAAUCCCCGUACAUGGUCCUGAACAAAAAGCAUUUUACCCUGUGUUAUUCAUUGCAGAAGUUUAUGUUGGUAAUAAAGGAGGUCAGAAAGAAAUCCUUGACGUUAUUGGUCAGAAUAUGGUUAAUUAUCCAGGGAAGCAGCAGCCAUUUUUGCUGCAACUUGGUGAGACUGAAGUACUUGUGAUGACACGAGACAAAAAGCAAGUCGUCUAUCGGCAUUGCUAUACAGAAAUUUCAUCUUGUGGCCGUCGACUGGAUACAAUGAAGAUAUUUGCUUAUAUUUGUGGGGAAACAACGUGCAGCAUUGCCCAGAAUUUCAAGUGCCAUAUUUUUGAAGCCGAGUCCAUUGAUGAUGCAAAAAUAAUUCUUUGUGCGAUUGGUCAAGGUUUCCACCGAACCACAUUUUAUGUGUGAUAUUUCCAGAUCUUCAGACCAAUGCCACCAUUGAGACCAGAAUCAAAAUCACUUCAUGUCCUCACUUCCCCUUAAUUUAUAUUAUUAUUAUUAUUAUUAUUAUCAUCAUCGAAAGCAUAAUAACAACAACAACAACAACAAUAAUAAUAAUAAUAAUAAUAAUAAUAAUAAUGAUAGUAGUAGUAGUAGUAAUAAUAACAAUGAUACUAAUAAUAAUAAGAGUAAUAAUAAUAAUUAAAUAUUAGUAGUAGUGAUAUUAAUACUGUUGCAUUACAUCAUUAGUAGGUCUUCAGAUUUGUCUGUGCAACAAUGUCAUAUCUCCUCAUUGUCUUUUAUUUCAUAUAACAGUCAUUUAAUACUAUACAGAUUUGAAUUGAUUCAGUGACAGACAAAAUACCUUGCAGUUUUUAUUUAAAUCUCUUUGGUUUCCGAAUUUGACUCCUGCAAGUGUCUACUCUAUUAUUCAAGCAUCCAAUGUUGAUAUAGCAACUAAUCAUCUUCUAGGUUUCAGUUCAUCAACUAUACUCCAAACAAUAAUAAUAAAAUUGUUCUUGUAUAUUUAUGUUUGAACUAAUAGAACUUAUAACUUGCUGUCUCAGGAGGUUCCUGGGUGGGACUUGAACUCAGUUUGUACAAAUGUCAAAUCAAAAUCUAAGCAUCAUAAGAAUAGCAAUAAUAAAGAAAUGCAGAAGGCACACAAAAGCUCACAACACUAUACACUGACCCCAAAAUAGGUCUGCUAGGAACAGCUCAUAUCUUGCACAAGACAAUGUUAAUUCAAUAGUAUAGCUCUAAUAGAACAGUCAUCACACACAACACACUCUCCAUACAAUAAGCACCAUAUAAUUUAAUACAACACAACUGUCACAGCAUAUACCAUGUAAGAUUAAGGGCCAUGAGAACAACACAGCCUUCAUUACACACACACACACAACAGAACAAACACUAAUAUAAAAUAAAAAACGAAACCCCAUUACAAAACAAACUGAUGCAGAACACCAACAGAAGGAGUCUGUACUCCCUCAAUACUCAUAAGAAUGCAAUGCUGAAUUCACAUCUAGGGGAUACAGAGGUGCACCAGAUGGUGCAAUUGAAACUUGCAUGAAAUUACUGAAGGAAAAUAAAAUAAUAGCAGUUUCUGAUUUAGGUACAAGGCCAACAGGUUUUAGUGGACGGGGUUAGUCAUAACCAUUGACAUCAGUACUUGACUGGUACUUCAAGGAAUAGAAGGUAAAGUUGACAUUGGUGGGAUUGAAAUCAAAAUGAAAGGAGCUUGCCCAACACUAAUGCUUCUGCCAGUUUACUGUCUCCAGUAGUUGUAGUAAUAGUAGUAGUAAUAAUAAUAAAAACAAUCCUUUCUACUAUAGGUACAAGGCCUGAAAAUUUGCUGGAGGGGACUACUUGGUUGCAUCAACCCUGGUGCUUAGCUGGUGUUUAUUUUAUCAACCACCCCAACCAAAAUGAUAAAAGACAAAGUAGACCUCAAUUAUGGUCUGAGUUCAAAUUCAACCAAGCUCAACUUUGCUUUUCAUCUUUUGGAGGUUUGAUCAAGUAAGUACCAGUUGAGUAUUGGGGUUAAUAUGAUCCACUUAGCCCUCAUUCAAAAUUUCAGGCCUUCUGCCUAAUGCAGAAAAAAAAAUUAUUAUUAUUAUUAUUAUUAUUAUUAUUAUUAUUAUUAUUAUUAGCACUAUUGUCACUAGGAGUUGAAUCUUUAGAUUGACUUGUAACACAUUCUUGACAAAUCUCAUUUCAAUCAUUUAUUUGAUUGUAAGUUAGGUUUUAUGGAUGAAAAAACAACACCAAAAGGAAUCUAUUUUUUGGUUUUUUUGUGACAGAACAGGAAUAAGACAUUACAAGAGAAAGAGCAGUAUCGGCCUUUUCAACUGACUGAUUUUUAAAAAUAUUGUGUUAUAACCCCCCUUUCUUUUUUCUCAGUUUGUGUUGCUGUUCUUAUGCCGCAAAGCUGAGUAUUGCCUGCAAUCUCAAACAAUGUUAAGCAAUGUUAUCAGGUACACACACACACACACACACAAACAAUGUUUGCAUUAUUGUCAUCGUCAUCAUCAUCAUCAUCAUCAUCCUUAAAACAGCAAAAACAAUAAAACAACAUUUCAUGUCUAUUUUACCAUGCUUGUAUGGGUUGGAUAGGUUUUGCCCACUUGUAAUAGUCUGCCUUAUCUGGCACACAAAGCAACAGAAAAAUGCCAGUCAGCUAGCCAGCCAGUCAAUUUUAUUGCAGUGUAUGUCUUCUUGCAGUAUGGAAUAAUAAUAAUAAUAAUAUUAACACCUAUAUAUAUAUAUCACGUGAUCACGUGAC